CGGACUGAAGGAGGCUCUUUCCGCCGCCAUUGCGGAUUUCGGACAGAAGAUCAGCCACUGCUAUCCAUCGAUGCAGGGCAGGAAGCACUCACAGAAGGGGGACAUACUUAACAUUUUUUACCAGUAGCAGAUUUCGGAAACACGAUUACCGACACCGUAUUUUACCUUUUAUCGUGUUUUUUGUUUUCACUGACUGGCUCCGACCUACACAGUGAGGAGGUCGAAGCUAGCGCGGCGAAGAGCUAGCUUUACGGCUAGGAUUUCAGGAGGAGGAGAAGCUAAAAGGAAACCCUCACCAUGGCUCAAAUCCUACCUAUCCGCUUCCAGGAGCACCUGCAGCUCCAGAACCUGGGAAUCAACCCGGCCAACAUCGGAUUCAGCACUCUGACCAUGGAGUCUGAUAAGUUCAUCUGCAUCAGAGAGAUGGGUGAGCAGGCCCAGGUGGUCAUCAUCGACAUGGCCGACCCCAACAACCCCAUCCGCCGGCCCAUCUCCGCAGACAGCGCCAUCAUGAACCCUGCCAGCAAAGUUAUUGCCCUUAAAGCGGCAAAGACCCUGCAGAUCUUCAACAUCGAGAUGAAGAGCAAGAUGAAGGCUCAUACCAUGACAGACGACGUGACCUUCUGGAAGUGGAUCUCCCUGAACACCGUCGCCCUGGUCACAGACAACGCAGUCUACCAUUGGAGCAUGGAGGGCGACUCUCAGCCAAUCAAAGUGUUCGACCGCCACUCCAGCCUGGCGGGCUGCCAGAUCAUCAACUACCGCACCGACGCCAAGCAGAAGUGGCUGCUGCUCAUCGGCAUCUCAGCACAGCAAAACCGUGUGGUCGGAGCCAUGCAGCUGUACUCUGUGGACAGGAAGGUGUCUCAGCCCAUCGAGGGGCAUGCCGCCGGCUUUGCACAGUUCAAAAUGGAGGGCAACACUGAAGAAUCCACCCUGUUCUGUUUUGCCGUGCGAGGACAGGCUGGAGGAAAGCUGCACAUUAUUGAAGUGGGGACUCCGCCCACUGGGAACCAGCCGUUUCCAAAGAAAGCUGUGGAUGUUUUCUUUCCUCCAGAAGCACAGAAUGACUUCCCUGUGGCCAUGCAGAUCAGCUCCAAGCAAGACGUCGUCUUCCUCAUCACCAAAUACGGCUACAUCCACCUGUACGACCUGGAGACUGGAACGUGUAUCUACAUGAACAGGAUCAGCGGGGAGACCAUUUUCGUCACCGCCCCCCACGAGCCCACAGCCGGCAUCAUCGGGGUCAACAGGAAAGGACAGGUGUUGUCUGUGUGCGUGGAGGAGGAAAACAUCAUUCCCUACAUCACCAACGUGCUCCAGAACCCGGACCUGGCUCUGCGCAUGGCCGUCCGCAACAACCUCGCCGGUGCUGAGGAGCUGUUCGCCCGCAAGUUCAACACCCUGUUCGCAGCGGGGAAUUACUCCGAGGCUGCCAAGGUGGCGGCCAAUGCACCCAAGGGUAUCCUGCGGACCCCAGACACUAUCCGUCGUUUCCAGAGUGUUCCCGCCCAGCAAGGCCAGACCUCUCCGCUGCUCCAGUACUUUGGCAUCUUGCUGGACCAAGGCCAACUGAACAAGUUUGAGUCUCUGGAGCUGUGCCGGCCUGUCCUGCAGCAGGGCCGCAAGCAGCUCCUGGAAAAAUGGCUGAAAGAGGACAAGCUGGAAUGCUCUGAGGAGCUCGGAGACUUGGUGAAGUCUGUAGACCCCACUCUGGCCCUCAGCGUCUACCUCAGGGCCAACGUCCCCAACAAGGUCAUCCAGUGCUUUGCGGAGACCGGACAGUUCCAGAAGAUUGUCCUCUACGCCAAGAAGGUGGGCUACACUCCAGACUGGAUCUUCUUGCUGAGGAACGUCAUGCGCAUCAGUCCGGAGCAGGGCCUGCAGUUCUCCCAGAUGCUGGUCCAGGAUGAGGAGCCUCUUGCUGACAUUACACAGAUCGUUGACGUGUUCAUGGAGUACAACCUGAUCCAGCAGUGCACGUCCUUCCUACUUGAUGCCCUGAAGAACAACAGACCCAUGGAGGGACCCCUGCAGACACGCCUGCUGGAAAUGAAUCUUGUGCACGCUCCACAGGUUGCAGACGCCAUCCUGGGCAACCAGAUGUUCACCCACUAUGAUCGUGCUCAUGUGGCUCAGCUGUGUGAGAAGGCUGGUCUCCUGCAGAGGGCGCUGGAGCACUACACUGACCUGUAUGAUAUUAAGCGGGCUGUGGUGCACACACACCUUCUCAACCCAGAGUGGUUGGUGAAUUUCUUUGGCUCCCUGUCAGUGGAGGACUCUCUGGAGUGUUUGAGGGCCAUGCUGUCUGCAAACAUCCGCCAGAACCUGCAGAUCUGUGUCCAGGUCGCCUCCAAGUACCAUGAGCAGCUCACCACUCAGUCUCUCACUGAACUGUUCGAGUCUUUCAAGAGCUUUGAAGGUUUGUUUUACUUCCUGGGGUCCAUUGUGAACUUCAGCCAGGAUCCAGAGGUCCACUUCAAAUACAUCCAGGCCGCCUGCAAGACGGGCCAGAUCAAAGAGGUGGAGAGAAUCUGCCGAGAGAGCAACUGCUACGACCCCGAACGUGUGAAGAACUUCCUCAAGGAAGCCAAGCUGACUGACCAACUGCCUCUGAUCAUCGUGUGCGACCGCUUUGACUUUGUCCACGACCUGGUUCUGUACCUGUAUCGCAACAGCCUGCAGAAAUACAUAGAGAUCUACGUGCAGAAGGUUAACCCAAGCCGCCUGCCAGUAGUCAUCGGAGGUUUGCUGGACGUGGACUGUGCCGAGGAUGUGAUCAAGAACCUGAUCUUGGUGGUCAGAGGGCAGUUCUCCACCGAUGAGCUGGUGGCCGAAGUGGAGAAGAGGAAUCGACUGAAGCUGCUGCUGCCGUGGUUAGAGGCUCGCAUUCAUGAAGGUUGCGAGGAGCCCGCCACCCACAACGCCCUGGCUAAGAUCUACAUCGACAGCAACAACAACCCUGAGCGCUUCCUGAGGGAGAACCCUUUCUACGACAGCCGCGUGGUGGGCAAGUACUGCGAGAAGAGAGACCCCCACCUGGCCUGCGUAGCCUACGAGAGAGGACAGUGUGACCAGGAGCUGAUUCAUGUGUGCAACGAGAACUCGCUGUUCAAGAGUCUGUCCCGCUACCUGGUGCGUCGCAAAGAUGCCGAGCUGUGGGCGAGCGUCCUGCUGGAGACCAACAACUACAGGAGACCGCUCAUCGACCAGGUGGUGCAGACGGCCUUGUCUGAGACCCAGGACCCAGAGGAGGUGUCCGUCACAGUCAAAGCCUUCAUGACCGCUGACCUCCCCAACGAGCUCAUCGAGCUGCUGGAGAAGAUCGUGCUGGAUAACUCUGUCUUCAGUGAGCACAGAAACCUGCAGAACCUGCUCAUCCUGACGGCCAUUAAAGCCGACCGCACUCGUGUGAUGGAGUACAUCAACCGUCUGGACAACUACGACGCCCCGGACAUCGCGAACAUCGCCAUCAGCAACGAGCUGUUUGAGGAGGCCUUCGCUAUUUUCAGAAAGUUUGAUGUCAACACCUCUGCUGUGCAGGUUCUGAUCGAGCACAUCGGUAACCUGGACCGAGCCUACGAGUUUGCUGAGCGAUGCAACGAGCCGCCAGUGUGGAGUCAGCUGGCGAAGGCCCAGCUCCAGAAGGGUCUCGUGAAGGAAGCCAUCGACUCGUACAUCAAGGCUGACGACCCAUCCGCGUACAUGGAGGUGGGACAGGCUGCUGCACAGAGCGGAAACUGGGAGGACCUGGUGAAGUUCCUGCAGAUGGCCCGUAAGAAGGCCCGCGAGUCGUACGUGGAGACGGAGCUGAUCUUCGCUCUGGCCAAGACAAACCGCCUGGCCGAGCUGGAGGAGUUCAUCAACGGACCGAAUAACGCUCACAUUCAGCAAGUGGGCGACCGCUGCUAUGAUGACAAGAUGUAUGACGCGGCCAAAUUGCUCUACAACAACGUCUCUAACUUCGGCCGUCUGGCCUCCACUCUGGUGCACCUGGGGGAGUACCAGGCGGCCGUGGACGGAGCUCGCAAGGCAAACAGCACCCGCACCUGGAAGGAGGUGUGUUUUGCGUGUGUAGAAGGAAAGGAGUUCCGUCUGGCUCAGAUGUGCGGCCUUCAUAUUGUCGUCCACGCCGACGAACUGGAGGAACUCAUCAACUACUACCAGGACCGCGGUUACUUCGAGGAGCUGAUCACCAUGCUGGAGGCCGCCCUGGGGCUGGAGCGCGCUCACAUGGGCAUGUUCACCGAGCUCGCCAUCCUCUACUCCAAGUUCAAACCCCAGAAGAUGAGGGAGCACCUGGAGCUCUUCUGGUCCCGUGUCAACAUCCCAAAGGUCCUCAGGGCGGCAGAGCAGGCCCACCUCUGGGGGGAGCUGGUGUUCCUCUACGACAAGUACGAGGAGUACGACAACGCCAUCAUCACCAUGAUGAACCACCCAGCCGAUGCCUGGAAGGAGGGCCAGUUCAAAGACAUUGUCACCAAGGUGGCCAACGUGGAGCUGUACUACAAGGCCGUGCAGUUUUACCUGGAGUUCAAACCGCUUCUACUGAACGACCUGCUCAUCGUCCUCUCUCCGAGGCUGGACCACUCUCGCGCCGUCAACUUCUUCAGCAAGGUGAAACAGCUGCCUCUGGUUAAACCUUACCUGAGGUCUGUCCAGAACCACAACAACAAGUCAGUCAAUGAGGCGCUCAACAACCUCUUCAUCAUCGAGGAAGACUAUGCGGCCGUGCGUACUUCCAUUGAUGCCUAUGACAACUUCGACAACAUCUCGCUGGCUCAGGGCCUGGAGAAGCAUGAUCUGAUCGAGUUCAGGAGGAUCGCCGCUUACCUGUUCAAGGGCAACAACCGCUGGAAACAGAGCGUCGAGCUGUGCAAGAAGGACAAGCUCUACAAGGAUGCCAUGCAGUACGCGUCGGAGUCCAAAGACAUCGAGCUGGCGGAGGAGCUGCUGGCCUGGUUCCUUAACGAGGACAAGAAGGAGUGUUUCGCCGCCUGCCUGUUCACCUGCUACGACCUGCUGCGGCCCGACGUGGUGCUGGAGACGGCCUGGAGGCACAACAUCAUGGACUUCUCCAUGCCUUACUUCAUCCAGGUCAUGAGGGAGUAUCUCUCUAAGGUCGACAAACUGGAAGCCUCCGAGUCCCUGAGGAAACAGGAGGAGCAGAACACCGAGUCCCAACCCAUCGUUUACGGCACACCGCAGCUCAUGCUCACAGCAGGGCCCCAAGUGGCCGUUCCUCCCCAGCAGCCGUACGGAUACGGCUACCCAGCAGCACCUGGCUACGGCCAGCCGCCACAGCCCGGCUUCGGCUACGGCAUGUGAACACCCAACAACCCCACCACCUCCACCUCCUCCUCCUCCCCCCUCUCCAUCUGUCCUCCUCUCUUUGUGUUCCUCACCAGCUUCCCAUGGUCUUCUACUCACAACAGGGGCCACAGCGAGCAGCCCACUCUGGUUCUGACUCUUUUUUUAUUGUUCUGUCGUCGCGAGAAAACAUUUAACUGAAGGACUUUUAUUUGUAUUGUUUGAAAAGAAAAUUGGACCACAUGUUUGUUAUUUUUCACAUUCCAUAUUUAUGACUACUUAUUUAGAAUACUUUUCUGUGUUUCAUGUUAUUGUCACGUUGUUGUUUUUUUUAUUGUUUUAUGGUUUGUGCAGACGUGGACUUGCUAAAGCUCAGCGACAAACCUUUGAAGUAGGUGGAGGAGCAUUGGAUUUUGCACUCGUGAAGAAAUUAAUGUAGAGAAGCUCUUACUCUGACGUACUGAACAUGUGAACGGCUUCCAUCGUCUCGUCUGUCUGUAUAAUGCAUCAUCAUUGUAUAUUCUGAGGAAAAAAGGUUACAUAUAAUAUUUGAACAUAUAUUGCCGUUUGGUCGGCUAUAGCUAGCAACACUAAGUAAUGAUAGUAUAUUCUGCACAGGCGUGUAGCUUUAUGGAGUUUUAAAUGCAUACGUGUGUGUGUAUGAGUGUGUGUAUGACUGAGUGUGUGUGUGUGUGUGUGUGUGUGUGACAGAGAGAGAGUGUGUGACCUGAUCGGUCUAAAUAAGAAUUUUAACCCCCUCUCAGCCUGUAUGGGUAAUCCCCCUCCUAGAUGUUAGCGCUCCUUCGUUGGCUCCCUGUAUUUAGGUGACCUCUUGUGCCGUGUACAGUGCUUGUGUGAGACUGUAUCUGUGUAUGUGGACGGGACCACGGCGACCGAACCCCCCCAACCGUACCGUGUGUGUGUAUUUACCCGGAGCCUCCUCCUGCUGAGGUCCGCGUACGCCAGGUGUUGUAGUGUUUCCCCCCUUCGGUCACCACUCCCCCUUUUUUCUGCGUGUACAGAUGUGAAAACUUUUAGAUGGACACCCCCCACCCAUCUGUCCUCCACCCACACUCCUGUCCUGCCCUCCUCCUCCGUUAAUGCAAGAACAGGAGGCAGAAGACGACAGUGUGUGCCGCUGACAGCCACAUCCAUGAACACUCCUGUAGGUCGUGUGUUUAGAUGGUUCAGAAGAAGAGAUUAGGUCUCAGUACUUCCUGUUCUCCGUCAGGAAGCGCUGUGAAAUAAGAGCCUGUAUUUACCUUGAUGUACUUUAACUUCCUUACAUGCUUUAAGCUGUGUGUAUGUGUGUGUGUAAAGUGUCAUCCUAACCCUGACAUAAGUUGAAUUCCUUUCUGUUGUCAUGCAUAUUAAUAAUAAAGGGGAUCUGUCAUUGAUAAGUGGAAGAAUAUGACUCAACUGAAAGGGAAAUACUAGCCGAAAUAAAAACUAAAAAUUGUA